AUGGCUGCUACAAACGAAAAGGUGAACUCUUACAUACCUGAUGAUAUUUCCUUAUCAAUUCUAUCAAAGUUGCCUGUUAAAUCUUUGAAGCGAUUUGAAUGUGUUCGAAAAUCAUGGUCUCUCUUAUUUCAAAAUGAUCACUUCAUGAACAUGUUCCGUAGCAAUUUCUUAUCGUAUAAUGACCCAUCAUCUCUCAUCCUAAAUGUUAAUCAGUCCCCUGAUGAAGACCUUUUCUAUUCUUUUUCUGGUGAGAUGUUUGAGAAUAUGGUUCAAUUAGAUUGGUCAAAUCCAUUUAAAGGUUGGAGACCUCUUCUUACUAAUAUUUUUGGAUCUGGUAGUAUUAAUGGCACAUUUUGUCUCUAUUCAUCUAUUAAUGUCAGAAUUGCAUUGUGGACACCAGCUACCCAAACAGGCAAGCUCUUUCAUUCCAGUGAGGCUGAGUGGUUGCAUUCGCAUAUCCCAAAUUCUGUUACGUAUAAUAUUCACGGAUUUGGUUAUGAACAUGCUACAAAUGACUAUAAGGUCAUUCGGCAUGUGCAUGUUUCUAUAGGAUCAUCAUGUGAUUACUUUGACGAAUGGGUGAAAAUACUUCAUAAUCCCAUAUGGGAGAUAUACAGCCUAAGAAGUGACUCGUGGAGGAGACUUCAUAUUAACAUGCCAUAUUCAUUGGAAUGUAAUGGUGGCACCCAAGUCUACAUGGAUGGAGUGUGUCAUUGGUUGUGUGAAAAAGAAGAAGAAGAAGAAGAAGAAGAAGAAGAAGAAGAAGAAGAAGAAGAAGAAGAAGAAGAAGAAGAAGAAGAAGAAAGACCAAAAAGACCAUUUUUGGUUUCAUUUUACUUGAACAAUGAGGUGUUCUGCAUAACACCCAUACCAUCAAAUGUAGAUAAUUGUUAUGAGGUUAAUUCAUGGAUAAAUUUGGCGGUGUUCAAUGGGUUCAUUGCAUUGAUCUCAUAUCAUAAUGAGGCGAGUACUUUUCACAUAUCAAUUUUGGGUGAAUUUGGUAUAAAGGAAUCAUGGACUAAAUUUUUAAUUGUUGGGCCAUUGUCUUGUGUUGAGCGUCCUAUGGGAGUGGGGAUGAAAGGAGAAAUAGUCUUCAUAAGUAAAGAUGGAAAACUAGUUUGGCUUGAUUUAAAUACCCAAAUGAUUGCGGAGCUUGGUUACGAAGGAGGACUGGUUUAUUAUAGUCAGAUAGUAAACUACAAGGAAAACAUUCUUCCAAUUCAAGGAAUAAGUCAUUAA